AUGUCCUUCUUAGGUUUGUCACAAACAAGCAAUUUAUCCUUGGAAGUUUCCGAGAAUCCUUUUAAGGACAUUGACAUUCCAGAAGAUUGUGGUUACAAGUUUGGCAUGAUUGAUGGUGUAGUUCAGAUCACUGGAGCGGAUAAACCAAAUCCUGAAAGCACGUUGUUUGAAGCAAAUGGCAAAUUGAAGAGACAUCCGCAUCCCACUUUACAGGAAUUUUUUGCAGAUUAUAAUAUUGUUCUUGCCCUCUGUACACAUGGACCUAUGUAAGUCUUGUACUUUAUGCUAUUUCAUUGAUUGUAAUGGGGGAAAGGAAAUUCAAAUUCAAUCGUGUAUUUUCUUAUUUGAGAAAUGUGUUGGCGACUCUUCUCCCAGGUAAUUGUGCUGUUCUCCAAUUGAGUAUAAAGGUGCACUUGAUCCUCACCUUGUGGCAAAAUUGAAAAAAGUAUUCGUAAUGGUGGUCCAAUAUAAUUUUUUAAUAUUUCUUUUUUAGCAAUUACUUAAAACAUGUGUAUAGGAAUGCUUAGAACUCUUGUAUUGUGCCUUGCUGUGCUCGGCAGGCACUAUUCUCAACGGAGUCAACGUUGCUUGAAUUUUUCCAGAGAUCACUCGUGCCAAGUCGUAGUGCUAUCAAUAUAUUCUUAGGAAUCUUUUGGCUUCCUUCGGUUUACAUAUACUGCGCUAAUUAUUGGUGCGUGUAGCGUAUAAUCAACAAGUUAUCCUGCAUGUAUGUUAUUCAUGGGCUAAUAGCCUAACUGUAACUGUUAGUUCCGGAGAGAAUCCCGAUUUUUAGGGUUUCCCUGGAGAAUGAGUUGAACGUAGUCGUUUUUCUUUCUUCUCAGAAAAUCAUUUUGCUUUCGUCGACUGAAGUUUCUGGAAGCGCGCUACAACCUUCACAUCCUUCUCAAUGAACUAAAAGAACUUGCUGAAAUGAAACAAGUGCCUCACAGAGAUUUUUAUAAUGUUAGAAAG